GAUCCUUUCACAAUAACCCUUGCGGCAAACUUCUGCUUUUCCUCUCGGGCAUUUCUGAGCAGGACGCUGGGGUGUCCUGCUCCAUCUCCCCACCUGAUGAACAAGGAACUCAAGAUGUGGAUCAUGUGGGCUAUGCUGAUCUGCCUGGCUGGAGGGCAGCCUGCCAGUGCCACGCUCUGCAGGACCUAUGGCACCAUCCCAGGCAUCCCAGGGUUACCAGGACAGCCUGGCAGCGAUGGCAGGGAUGGGGAGAAUGGCCCAAAGGGUGAGCAAGGACCCUCUGGCCACAGUGAAGAAUGGAGAGGGGAUCGGGGAGUCCCAGGAGCACCGGGACAGCCUGGGAAGGUCGGUCCCAUUGGCAUCCCAGGUAUAAUGGGCUUACCAGGUGGCAGAGGAUUGCCUGGCCCCAUGGGAGAACCUGGUGACUACAAGGUCACCUUCAAGUCUGGGUUCUCCGCUGCCAGGAGCAUCAGCUCCUUCCCCCGCCGGGAGCAGCCCGUCCGCUUCGACCGCAUCCUCACCAACGAGCAGGAGCACUAUGAGAACCGCUAUGGCCGCUUCACCUGCCGCGUGCCUGGCACCUACUACUUCACCUACCAUGUCACGUCCCGGGGUAACCUGUGCCUCAACAUCAAAAAGGGCCAGGGCAGGGGUGAGAGGGUGGUGACCUUCUGCGACUAUGUGCAUAACAGUUUCCAGGUCACCACGGGUGGUGUGGUCCUCAAGAUGGCCAUGAACGAGUCUGUCUGGCUGGAACCAACAGAGAAGAACUCCUUGGUAGGGCUGGAAGGGUCUGACAGCAUCUUCUCUGGCUUCCUCAUCUUCCCUGAGGCUUAGCCCACUGGAGAUGUGUCUGUGGCCAAUCUCUACAGUCCCUGCAGAGCUGAGGACUCCCCUGGAAACUCUUUGCUCCCAAAUUGGUGCUUGAAGCACACUGCUGCCAUUCUUGCACAAUAAAUGACAGCUCUUCGCACUA